UUGAAGGCUGAAGGAGUGAAGAAGACAAAUCUGUUGGAAAUUCUCGCUUAUGCCAGUCCUCACUGGAAAAUGUUAACGAUAGGACUCACAGCAUGCGUUAUCGGAGGACUUGUCUAUCCAACAUAUUCCGUGGUUUUCAUGCAAGUGAUUACGUCAUUUUCUAAUCCUGAUACAUUGCUUUCAACGGGACAUUUCUGGGCUCUGAUGUUCCUUGUACUGGCCGGUAUUCAAGGAUGCACAAUGUUUGGUCAGACGUUCUUUAUGGGUUACGGUGCCGAAAACCUUACAAUGGAUUUACGUUCCAAAUUGUUCUCGAACAUUCUCUCACAAGACAUGGGUUACUUCGAUUCACCAUUACAUGCCAGUGGAAAGAUAUGUACACGAUUGGCUACCGAUGUGCCUAAUUUACGAUCGAAUCGUAAUGACGUGUUGCAUUGUAUUGCAUGA